AUGGCCGACAAAGUCAACAUGUCUCUGGACGACAUCAUUGGGCCGAACCGGAGCCAGCGGGGCGGCAGCGGCGGGGCUAGGGACCGAAGCCAGGACCGAGGCCGGGACCGAGUGAGCCGGGGCGGCGGGCCGUUCCGGAACCGGGCGGCCCUCGACCGAGGCAGGAACCGGCCGGCGCCCUACAGCAGGCCGCUGAGACAGCUUCCCGACGAGUGGCAACACGACCGCUGCCGCAGGGGCUUGGGCAGGGGCGCCGGCCCGGUGACCGGGGGGAAGCUGCUUCUGUCCAACCUGGCCUUCGGAGUGUCCGACGAGGACGUCCAGCAGCUGUUUGCGGAGUUCGGGCCUCUGAAGAAGGCCGGGGUCCACUACGACCGCUCCGGCCGCAGCCUGGGAACAGGCCACGUGCACUUUGCGCGGAAGGCAGACGCCCUCGAAGCCAUGAGACAGUACCACGGCGCCCCUUUGGAUGGCCGUCCCCUCAACAUCCAGCUCGUCACCUCACAGAUACACACGCAGCGCAGCCCGGUACAGAGUGUCAACAGGGGCGGGGUGACUCCACACCGAGGAUCUGGAGGCUUGGGCGGCGGCAUGCCGAGUCGCGCCCGCGGAGGCAGCCGGGCUACAGGCCGGGACACCGGGCGCAAUUCACAGCAACAGAUCUCUGCGGAGGAGUUGGACGCUCAGCUGGACGCUUACAACUCCAUGAGGAGCACCAAAAGGUUGGACGCCCAGGUGAACACUGGCGGCGCGCUGAGGGGCACCAAAAAGUGGGACUCCCAGAAGGACGCUUACAACCCGAUGGGGGGCACCGAGGAGUUGGACGCCCAGCUGGACGCUUCCGACGCCAUGAUGGACACCAGCUAA